AGUAACCUGUGCGGAACCGCCGGGGGUCCGCCGCAGCCAGCCGCGCCCUUCCAGCAUCCGAUCGCUGCGUUGCGCCCUGCUGGCAUCACCAUGCUGAAGAAAUUUGAUAAAAAGGAUGAGGAAUCGGGUGGAGGCUCCAAUCCAUUCCAGCACCUUGAAAAGAGUGCAGUGCUCCAGGAGGCUCGUGUAUUUAACGAAACUCCUAUCAACCCUCGGAAAUGUGCCCACAUCCUCACCAAGAUCCUUUACCUCAUAAACCAGGGGGAGCACCUGGGGACCACUGAAGCAACGGAGGCCUUCUUUGCUAUGACCAAACUCUUUCAGUCCAAUGACCCCACACUCCGCCGGAUGUGCUACCUGACCAUCAAGGAGAUGUCGAGCAUUGCAGAGGAUGUCAUCAUUGUCACCAGCAGCCUGACAAAGGACAUGACUGGGAAAGAAGACAACUACCGGGGCCCAGCUGUGCGAGCCCUCUGCCAGAUCACAGACAGCACCAUGCUGCAGGCGAUUGAGCGUUACAUGAAACAGGCCAUCGUGGACAAGGUGCCCAGUGUCUCCAGUUCUGCCCUGGUGUCUUCCCUGCACCUGCUGAAAUGCAGCUUUGACGUCGUCAAGCGCUGGGUGAAUGAGGCCCAGGAGGCGGCCUCCAGCGAUAACAUCAUGGUCCAGUAUCACGCGCUGGGGCUCCUGUACCAUGUGCGGAAGAACGACCGCCUGGCCGUCAAUAAGAUGAUCAGCAAGUUCACCCGCCACGGCCUCAAGUCGCCCUUCGCCUACUGCAUGAUGAUCCGGGUGGCCAGCAAGCAGCUGGAGGAGGAGGACGGCAGCCGUGACAGCCCACUCUUUGACUUCAUCGAGAGCUGCUUGCGCAACAAACACGAGAUGGUGGUGUACGAAGCCGCCUCGGCCAUCGUCAAUCUGCCAGGCUGCAGUGCCAAAGAGCUGGCCCCGGCGGUGUCAGUGCUCCAGCUUUUCUGCAGCUCACCCAAGGCCGCUCUCCGCUAUGCUGCUGUCCGCACCCUCAACAAGGUUGCUAUGAAGCAUCCAUCCGCAGUGACUGCUUGUAAUCUGGACCUGGAGAACUUGGUGACAGAUUCAAAUCGCAGCAUCGCCACGCUGGCCAUCACCACACUGCUCAAGACCGGCAGUGAGAGCAGCAUUGACCGCCUCAUGAAGCAGAUAUCCUCCUUCAUGUCAGAGAUCUCGGAUGAAUUCAAGGUGGUGGUCGUCCAGGCCAUCAGCGCCCUGUGUCAGAAAUAUCCACGGAAACAUGCUGUCCUGAUGAACUUCCUGUUCUCCAUGCUGCGGGAAGAGGGCGGCUUUGAGUACAAGCGGGCCAUCGUGGACUGCAUCAUCAGCAUCAUCGAGGAGAACACGGAGAGCAAGGAGACGGGGCUGUCCCACCUCUGCGAAUUCAUCGAGGACUGCGAGUUCACCGUGCUGGCCACACGCAUCCUGCACCUGCUGGGCCAGGAGGGGCCGCGGACCAACAACCCGUCCAAGUACAUUCGCUUCAUCUACAACCGGGUGGUCUUGGAGCACGAGGAGGUCCGGGCAGGCGCGGUGAGUGCUCUGGCCAAGUUUGGAGCCCAGAAUGAGGAGAUGUUGCCCAGCAUCCUGGUGCUGCUGAAGAGGUGUGUCAUGGACGACGACAAUGAGGUACGGGACCGGGCUACCUUCUAUCUCAAUGUCCUGGAGCAGAAACAGAAGGCCCUCAAUGCAGGCUACAUCCUAAAUGGUCUGACAGUGUCCAUCCCUGGUUUGGAGAGGGCUCUGCAGCAGUAUACCCUAGAACCAUCGGAAAAACCUUUUGACCUCAAGUCUGUGCCCCUGGCCACCACACCCAUGGCAGAGCAGAGAACAGAAAGCACCCCUGUCACCGCAGCCAAGCAGCCUGAGAAGGUGGCAGCCACCAGGCAGGAGAUCUUCCAGGAACAGUUGGCAGCGGUGCCGGAGUUCCUAGGCCUGGGGCCCCUCUUCAAGUCCUCGCCUGAGCCCGUCGCCCUCACUGAGUCAGAGACAGAGUAUGUCAUCCGCUGCACCAAGCACACCUUCACUGACCACAUGGUAUUCCAGUUUGACUGCACGAACACACUCAAUGACCAGACCUUGGAGAACGUCACGGUGCAGAUGGAGCCCACCGAGGCCUACGAGGUACUCUGCCACGUGCCUGCCCGAAGCCUGCCCUACAACCAGCCUGGGACCUGCUAUACUCUGGUGGCACUGCCCAAGGAAGACCCCACAACUGUGGCCUGCACGUUCAGCUGCGUGAUGAAGUUCACCGUCAAGGACUGUGACCCCAACACGGGCGAGACCGACGAGGAGGGCUAUGAGGAUGAAUAUGUGCUGGAAGAUCUGGAAGUCACCGUAGCUGAUCACAUCCAAAAGGUCAUGAAGGUGAACUUCGAGGCCGCCUGGGAUGAGGUCGGAGAUGAGUUCGAGAAAGAGGAAACAUUCACUUUGUCUACCAUCAAGACACUUGAAGAGGCCGUGGGCAAUAUUGUGAAGUUCCUGGGAAUGCACCCCUGUGAGAGGUCGGACAAAGUGCCAGAUAACAAGAACACCCACACCUUGCUCCUGGCUGGUGUGUUCCGGGGUGGCCACGACAUCCUGGUGCGCUCCCGGUUGCUGCUAUUGGACGCAGUAACAAUGCAGGUGACGGCCAGAAGUUCGGAGGAGCUGCCGGUGGACAUCAUCUUGGCGUCAGUGGGCUAAGAGGCUGCACAGGCUCCGUUCUGCCUACCCAGCGUAACGCAGAAGUUGCGCCUUCCUCCUAACCCAGUGGAAAAUCCUUCCCGUGCCAAUAUAUUCAGAAACCAUUAGAGAUCACUGAGGACUUUUUUGUUUUGCUAAAUUCUACCCCUGCUGUGAACUGCAAGGGGGUAACCUUUUUCAUCUUAAAUAGGGGAUGACUUUAAUUUGUCCUACAACUUGCUGCCCUGCCUGCCAGGGAAGGAACGCUGCAAAUUAAUAAAAUGUUCACACCUCUU